UAUUUUUAGCUGAUUUUUAAUAGCAUGACGAAUUUUUCUCGAUCUCUAUUUACCAACGAGGGAUAAAAAUCAAAAGGAAUCGAACAUGAUCGAUUUCCAUCCGUCGACUUUCAGUUCUUUUUAGCGCAAUGACUGUUUAUCAAAUUAUUCAAAUGAUGAAACUAUUGACUUUGAGAAAUUUCAGAGACGAAUUAGUCUCCGCGAAUUUGAAAUAAUGAUGGAGUGCGACGAAUACAAGCGGAAAGUUGUUUCCUUCAAUGACUUUGGCAGAUUCAAACUGCUCGACAGAAGAUACGAUAACAAUUCUCUCAAUAUAUAUACAGCGAGGCUGAACGAUUUGAGAGAAGACACAUUGCGCAAAGCGAAAUUGAAAUGGGUGGGCUAUUCACACGUGGAGAUCUCGCAUCUGGUUGUGGAAGAUAAGGAAAAAUCUUACAUUUUGAUAGGAGUGCUAUGUAAAGACGAUCUAAAGGAAAAGUUAAAACUUUCGUUAUUACGUGACAUCAACAAUGAGCCACAGCAGGGAAUGCAGACAAGUCAGAAUUACACAUCCAACUAUAUCAAAAUAUUCCUGGAGGAUGAAACAUCACGUGUUAGACUAAUGGGAAAUCACAUGGAUAUGCAAGAAAUCAUCACAGGAGUUGUAUGUGCGGUAUUUGGACAUGAAACAGAAACUGGAGCUUUCUGGGUAGAGGACUGGUGUUUCCCAGGAUAUUGCUCAAAACCCUGUACAUCAAAUGGCUCCUUGACAGAGGGUGGCAAAAUUCUGUUGGUCUCUGGCUUGGAUCUGGUGAAUAAUACAGAUGACCUUAGUUUGGACCUGCUUUUAGAAUGGGUAACUGGAAUGGCAGGAUGCACAAAUGCGCAGAAAGAAGAAGCAAUAGUCACUAAAGUCAUUAUUGCUGGGAACAGCAUUCGAAGUUCUGCCAAAAUAUACAACUACAAAGGCUAUUAUGAGACUAAAAUGCAGGAUCAACGUAAGAUUAAGGAAGAUCUAAUGGCGAUGCAGAAGCUGGACUCUUUCCUCGCCAGUAUCCUCCAUUGCUGUUACGUCGUGCUGAUGCCGGGGCAGUUCGACCCGACCUCCUACUACAGUAUGCCCCAGCAACCGUUUCAUCCGUGUACUCUGCAGAAAUCGGCCAGGUUCAAGAGCAUGCACGGGGUGACUAAUCCCUGGAUCGGCGAUAUCGGCGGUCGUGUCGUAGCUGGUUCCUGUGGCGAGCCGAUCGCAGACAUCUUGAAGGUGGCCAAAUCGGAUGAAGUAUGCCCGUUGGAUUGGAUGGAGCGUACUUUGACUUGGAGGCAUUACGCUCCAACCGGCCCGAACACGUUGCCGGUUCACCCGUUCUUCAAGAACGACCCGUUCGUCAUGACGGAAUGCCCGGAUAUAUAUUUUGCCGGAAACAUGAAUACAUACGACUCGAGAUUGGUAGAAGGUGACGAAGGGCAAAUGGUGCGGCUAGUAUGCGUACCCAAAUUCUCGGAAACGAAAACAGCGGUGCUAGUCAAUUUGCAAGACCUGACGACGCAGCCCAUCUCAUUCGGCAGUGGCUGAUAUCGUUUGUGUAUCUGUGCAUUUGUAUAAUUGUAUAUAAGGUAACGUGUUGAAACAAUUACUUAUCAUGCAAGAGACUUAUUUCGUGCAAUGGAGCGCUGGAAAAUACGAUUUUAGUCUGCGUGACUUUCACGCAGGGGGCAAAGAGCAUCGACGAAAAACUCGAAGACUUCUCAAAUAUAU